CCAGGGUCCAGGACUGCGCUUGUUGGCUUUGGCGGUGUUGGGAAAUCACAGUUUGCAAUUGAAUAUGCAUACCAAACCCACAAGCAAUCUCCUACAACAUGGGUUUUCUGGGUCCAUGCCAGCAACGCGGCCCGGUUCGAGCAGAGCUAUCAUGACAUUGCAGAUACGGUCAAGCUGUUUGGACGGCAGGAUCCCAAAGCUAACAUCUUUAAGCUUGUACAUAACUGGCUGCGAGAUACCAAGAAUGGGAAGUGGGUGAUGAUACUUGACAACGUCGAUGAUGCUGAUUUUCUUGUCAACAUACACCAUGAUAGCUAGCGUCAGGGAGGCCGCGUUGAAGCUGGUGGAACAGCGCGACAUUAUUGCAAUCGAACCGAUGGACGAAGCGCACGCACUAGCCCUCUUUGAGAAAAAGUUGGGAAAGCAGGAUGAGAAGCAGGAUGAGAGUCAAGAUAUUGCUGAGCUUGCAGCAGCAUUGGAGUUCAUCCCGCUUGCAAUUGUCCAAGCCGCGGCAUAUAUUUCCGACCCGGAUCGAGGUUGUUCAGUGCGACAGUACCUCAAUGACUUCCAGAAAAGCGAUCGCAAGAAGAUCCGCCUGUUAGACCACGACGACGGCCAGUUUCGUCGAGAUUGGGAGGCCAAGAACUCAGUCCUCGUUACAUGGCAGAUCUCGUUUGACAGCAUACGCCAAACCCGACGAUCAGCGGCCGAUUUACUGUCGCUGAUGAGCUUUUUCGACCGUCAAGGGAUUCCCGAGGCCCUCCUUCAUAAUCGAAGCAGACAGGAAAACGCGGAGCAGAGUGAUCGCGACGAUGACGAAGGCAGUGAAUCACAAUCUAGCGUAACCGAUGAGUUCCAAAAUGAUGUUCUAGCGCUGCGAAGGUACUUGUUUAUCUCGAUAAGCGUGGAUCGAACAACCUUUGAAAUGCACAACCUGGUGCAGCUAGCGACACGAAGCUGGCUUGAAGCGAAUGGGGAGCUGGAAAAAUGGAAACGGCAGUAUAUCCAGAAUCUUAAUUACGAAUUUCCCACAGGAAAGUAUGAGAACUGGGCAAAAUGUCAAGUACUUUUCCCGCAUGCAAAGUCUGCGGCCACGCAGCGACCGCAGGAACGUGACUCAUUACUGGAGUGGGCCUCGCUGCUAUAUAAGGCGGCGUGGUAUGACUGGAGAAAAGGAAAUGGAGCUGAGGGGGAGAAUCUGUCAGUCAGGGCGAUGAAAACUCGGACGAAGUUACUAGGCCUGGAACAUGAAGAUGCGUUAAGUAGUACCCAAAUGGUAGGGUCAAUAUACUCGCUUGAAGGUCGAUGGAAUGAGGCCGAAGAGCUGGAGGUGCAAGUGAUGGAGACAAGAAAGAGGGUGCUGGGUGCAGAGCAUCCUGACACGCUGACCAGCAUGAACAACUUGGCAUCGACGUACUGGAAUGAAGGGCGAUGCAAAGAGGCUGAAGAGCUGGAUGUGCAAGUGAUGAAGACGAAAAAGAGGGUGCAGGGUGUAGAGCAUCCUUCCACGCUGACCAGUAUGAACAACCUCGCCCUCACGUGGAAACGGCAGGACCGCGGCGUGGAAGCCGUUGACUUAAUGAAGGAUUGUGUACGGCUACAGAAGAAGAUUUUAGGCGUUGAUCACCCCAAUACUUUAUCAUCCUCUACGACGUUGACUAGCUGGUCAAUGGAGAAGUUGGACAUUAAUAUAUCAAUGGCCGAUAAUUCUAUAUAGUAUGUGAAUCUAGUGCUCUUAGAGACAGUUAACGCCUGAGCUAUUAAAUUUGAGCUUAUUUUAAUCCAGAAUGCCUGAUGAAGAGUAUUUGCCACAGAGUUUAGAUAGUUACGCAGUC